AUGAAGUCCAUCGUGGCCAAUCCCAGAUUUCGCAAUGUCGCUACCAGCCAAACUGGAUCUGAGGGUCGACCUCUUCGACGACGACGACCAAAAAAUAUUUUUUGGGCUGUUUGCGACAUUGAACG